AUGAACUGGAUGCACUCGCACGGUACGGUCGGAAAUUUACUUCAAGUGCUACAUUUACUAAAAAUACACAAAUCUGCGGUUAUAAAUUUACUGCUAUAUGCCACGGAAGAUCACACGGAUUCAGCUGCUGAUGUCGAGGCUGCUGUGCACGAUAAUCCCACUGAAGGUUACACAGAACCAACUUCGCCACAAAGCGGAUACGAUACUGAUGAUUUAUGCCGUUGGUCCUUUGAAGGAGUAACUUUGUUGUUAAACCUGUAUGGAGAAAAACAGGAUGUAUUAGUGAAGGGGAAGGUGAAACAAAAAGCUUUUUGGAAUAGUAUUGCCGAAUUAAUGGCUAAACAUGGUUAUACGUACACUGCCAGUCAGUGUAAGACAAAACUUGCAACUUUGAAAAGGCAAUAUAAAAAGGUCAAGGACCAUAAUAAAGUAUCGGGAAAUGAUAGAAAAGAUUGGCCGUAUUUGGAAGCAAUGGAUGAAAUAUUUUCUUCUCAACCAUGGUUAGUACCAGUUUCUUUAGCCAGUAGUAGUAGUGCGAGCGUAAAUAGUGCUGCCAGUAGUAGCUCUACCAGUACAUCAAUUACACCUUCUACCUCAGCAACAUGUGCAAUAGCGAACAAAAAUUCACCAAAAACGGAGGGGAAGAAAAAACAAUCACCAAAAAAGAAUAGAAAAUUGGUGGACAUUUUAAACAAGUUGCGAGAAGAUAAAGAAAAGCAUCAUAAAGAAAGAAUGGAGAAAAGUACAGAAGCAUUAAGUUUAUUACGCACACUUGUUGAUAACAUUUCGAAAAAGUAAUGAUACUAAUACCUAAUUAUUUUUAUUAAUGUAUAAUAAAUUUAUUUUCAUUCGUAU